AUGGAUCUUCGAUCCGUUCUAAACACGUCGGAAGGUGGCGACCGCGCUCCUGUCAAAUCCGCGCCGAAGCCGCAACCGCCGCCGCAUGUUCAGCAGCAGCAGCCUCACCCACAGCAGCAGAUACAACGACCAUCGCAGAGUCCGGCCCAAGCACCCGCUUCACGCCCCUAUUAUCACGAAUACAACCGCCAACAACCACCUCCCCAUCCCUCGCCCGGAAAGCCUAUACCACAGGAAUACAUUCCGCAUGUUAAUCAUCCCCAUCAUCCUCAGUCGCGGCCACCGUCGCAUCAUCAGCCAUCUCCCCAUCAACCGCCGCCUGGUGCGUACCCACCACAAUCUCCGUACCAGGCACCCGGGCCCUAUCCAGGACGUCCAGUGCCGCCUCCGCUACAACCAGCAGGUUCUUUUCACGAUGCGCGGUCCCCAAGCGGCCCAACUCCAGGUCAAUCCCCUUAUCGAGCUUCAACAACACCUUCUGCUGCAUCUGCAUCUGCUGGUUAUCCCUUUCCCCAUACCCAGUCCCCUGCGGAAGUAGCGAGCCCCGUCCAACGACACCAACAUUCACCUGCUCAAUACCCUCCUCGGGAAAGCUUCUCACAGGGUCCACAAGUCGUACCCCCCGGUCAUGUACACGGCCACUACCCUCCAACUCAGCAACAGCAACAACACCAUCAAAGCUCUAUUCCGCAGACACCUCCUGUCGGCGCUGUAGUUAAUCAGCAAUACCUGAACCAACGCCCUCCCUCUGCUUCACGCUCCACACAUUCUACUCCAACUCCAACAUCUGCUCAUCCUCAACACCCCUACGGAUUCGUUCAAAAUAGUAGUCCUGUUGUCGCUUCGCGCCCACCUCCUGGGGAAUACGGUCAUAGUCGCCAACCAUCUCAACCCGCUACGCCCGUCGCUCCGCCUUUGUCUUCUGGGUCAAGACAAACAUCUGGCCCUGGAGUGUUCGCACAGCCUUCGAGUCCAUACCAACAAAGACUUUCAUACACAGCAGCUACUCCAGUAGCGCAAGCACAGACACAGGCACAAGCACAAGUAAAAAGUUCACCACCUCCACCUCCUCCGCCUGCCAAACGUAUAUCUAGCAGUUACGGCUCGCCGGCCCCAGACAUACAUCGACGAUCUCAAUCGCACAGUGAACGCGCUCCAAGCCCAUCCGUCAGUCCCAAGUCUCGAGUCCCUUCGCUUCACAGCAAUCCCGAUCCGCUUGCUGCGCUAGCGGCAGCAGACGCCAAAAAUAAACAGUCGCAACCGCUUUCUCUUCCACAACCGAUGGCUAUAGAUACUGAGCGCGCGACAACCCCUGCUAAGCGCAAGCUGGAGGACCGCGUCGACAGCAGUCCUAAGCAAGAGCCGGAGGAGAAGCGAAUAAAGUCAAGCCAGACAAAUGGUGACCAGAUGCCUAUCAAGCGGGAAUCGGAGCCAGGUAUGCCCUCCGCACAUUUGAACAAAAAGCGAAGACGCUAUCCGCAACCACCCAUAUGGGCACAAGACUCCCGAAGAAUGGGCGCGAUGCCAUCGAACGCCAACUUCGUUCUGCAAAAGAGACUUCAUUCACACAUCAAUGGGAAACCAGAACAAAACACUCGUCCCAGUCGCCAUGCCUCGCCCGAGACCAACAGAGCAGUUCCUGCUGCUCAUGCUGCGCCACCUGCCGAACCAGGUCCACAAGAGAUUCUCGGUCCAUGGGAACCCAGCAUCACAGGAGUCAAACCCUUCGAGGACAUCAGUAGAAAGGUGGCGGAUUUCUUGUUCCUCAACGUGCUCAACGCACCUGAUUUGAUGGAAAUCUCCAGUAAAGGUAUUCAGUUUGAAGUGGAAGCAAAACUCGGCACUUUGAUCGACAAGGACACUGGUCAUCGUCGAGUUGAGCGGGGUGUAGCCUCUGAAUGCAUUCUGAUGGAUAGCAGUCGCGUCGCUUUUGAAAGCAGCAUGACCGAGGCCGCCCACAAGAAGAAUAAUGACUUUCUCAACGAAAUAGUCAAGUCUACACAUCCUCGUGGUCCCGGAGGUGCCAGUCAUCGCGUUCCUGUUGUUUAUAAGCAUCGAAGAGAAACAGACAGUUUCUUCGAUUUACCCGCAGACCUACAGGACAGAAUCCCUGGCUGCGUGAGAAACCGUCUAGGAAAAGGAAAACGCAUCCGCGUACGAGUGACCCACGAUCAGAAAACACAGGAGGUUCUGGGCAAAAUAAUCAAAGCUCGUGUCGCCGAUCUCGACAUUCAUUUUCCACUACUGCCUAUGGACUGCCGCAUUAGUAUCAACCUUGAGAUGGAUUGGGAUGGCACAUUGGAAGAGCUGGAGCAGAUACCAAAUCCCGGAGAUAAUCCUGAUCGCAAAAAGGACAGACUGAGCUAUACGCAAGGCCCAUAUCAGAUUGACCUCACGCAGGUCACUCACGAUGGCCUAGGGGGUCGCCAAGAAAGGAAGCAUGAACUCGAAAUCGAAAUCGAUCCGAAAUUACUCAUCGACCAAGGCCGGAAAGCUGCCAAUGGUGAGGCGCAUCGUUAUCCAGAACUGGUGGAAGGUCUCGUCGAUAAUAUACGGGUUCUCACUCGUAAGGCACGGGACUUUGAACAGCAAUAA